AUGUUUUUUUUUCAGGUUCGAGUUGCACUCAUCCAAAAUUCUAUAGCGCUACCAACAACAGCGCCGGUAGACGAACAGAAGAAGGCCCUGCACCAUAAAAUUGGCGCAAUGAUCGAGGCCGCUGCCUUAGCAGGAGCCAACAUCGUCUGUUUGCAAGAGACCUGGAUGAUGCCAUUUGCCUUCUGUACUAGAGAACGACUACCAUGGACGGAAUUUGCCGAAUCUGCAGAACAUGGACCGACGACGAAAUUCAUCUCAGAGGUACGGGCAAAUUACUAA